CAUCCCGCUGGAUGGACCAGAGCUCUGCUUCAGGUUUACACCUGAGGACUCAGUCUUUGAAGAAACUCUGAUACUGCACGAAAGUUGGGAUUUUAUCCCCUCCUUCAUUUUUAUCGAUGUCUGUUAAUUUUGAGGAAAAUCAACCCUGAAGAGGAUAAAUCUGAAGACUCAGCUUCACAAUGGCGACUGGAGUAGCAGCAUGGCUCCCUCUUGCCCGGGCGGCAGCGAUCGGCUGGAUGCCUGUCGCCAACUGCCCCAUGCCCAUCGCACCGAGAGACAACAGCAAGAGACAGGAUGAGCUCAUCAUCCUCAACGUCAGUGGCCGUCGUUUUCAGACCUGGAGGACCACUCUGGACCGCUACCCUGACACCCUGCUGGGCAGCUCAGAGAAAGACUUCUUUUACAACGAGGAGAGCAAGGAGUACUUCUUUGACCGUGACCCUGACGCCUUCAGGAGCAUCCUUAACUUCUACCGGACAGGGAAGCUGCAUUAUCCUCGUCAUGAAUGCAUCUCUGCCUAUGACGAGGAGCUGACCUUCUUCGGUAUCAUCCCUGAGAUAAUCGGCGACUGCUGCUAUGAAGAGUACAAAGACAGGAAACGUGAGAAUUUGGAGCGUCUGCAGGAUGAUCAGGAAGAGAACAAAGACUUAAAACUACCCAAUAUGAACUUCAGGGAGACCAUGUGGCGAGCUUUUGAGAACCCCCACACCUCAACUAUGGCGCUGGUCUUCUACUACGUCACUGGUUUCUUUAUCGCCAUUUCCGUCAUCACAAAUGUGGUCGAGACAGUUCCCUGUGGGUCCACCGCCAACCAGAAGGACAUGCCAUGUGGCGAACGCUACACAGUGGCCUUUUUCUGCAUGGACACAGCCUGCGUCAUGAUCUUCACAGUGGAAUACCUAUUGCGUUUGUUUGCUGCUCCUAGCCGAUACCGUUUCAUGCGCUCUGUGAUGAGCAUCAUCGACGUGGUGGCCAUCCUGCCAUAUUACAUUGGCUUGGUAAUGACAAAUAACGAGGACGUGAGUGGCGCCUUCGUGACUCUAAGAGUGUUCAGAGUGUUCCGUAUCUUCAAGUUCUCACGCCACUCGCAGGGCCUGAGGAUCCUGGGUUAUACGCUGAAGAGCUGCGCCUCUGAGCUCGGCUUCCUCCUCUUCUCGCUCACCAUGGCCAUCAUCAUCUUCGCCACCGUGAUGUUCUACGCAGAGAAAGGCUCCAGCUCGAGCAAAUUCACCAGCAUCCCUGCUUCCUUCUGGUACACCAUAGUCACAAUGACGACACUGGGAUAUGGAGACAUGGUGCCAAAGACAAUCGCUGGGAAGAUCUUCGGCUCCAUCUGCUCUCUGAGCGGUGUGUUGGUCAUCGCCCUGCCUGUCCCCGUCAUCGUCUCCAACUUCAGUCGUAUCUACCACCAGAACCAGAGAGCCGACAAACGCCGAGCUCAGAAGAAAGCCAGACUGGCCAGGAUAAGAAUAUCCAAGUCCGGCAGUGCCAACGCCUUCAUCCAGAGCAAACGCAACGGACUACUCAACGAGCUGCUGGAGCUGACGGCUAAAGAAGAGGACGAGCACAAGCUGACCAAGUCCACGUCUCUGAUUGAGAUCCAACACCACCACCUACUGCACUGUCUGGAGAAAACUACAGGAAUAUCACCAAGAAAACAUGAAAACAGUCUAAAGGAAUCCUGUCCUGGCAUUUGCAGCAGCUCUAUACUUGGAAACUUUACCCUUGAAAAGACGAGUCAGGCUCAUGAGUUUGUAGACGAGCAGAUGUACGAGCAGAACUGUUUAGAGACGGCUCUUCAGACGUACACGUCACGUAGCCCCUCCAUAUCCAGUCAUGGUAGCUCAACAGGAACUUGCUGUGGCUGCAGAGCGAAGAGAAACACUCUUCCCAACGCCAGCCUGCCUUCCUCCCAUCCUGUACCGACGCACCAGAGCCCCCUGCAGGAGCUCAGCGCGUUUCACAUACAGUGUGGAGAUGUACCACCGCACUCCACCAGUCGCUCAAACCUCAACCUGAAACCCGACAACAGCAGCAGGAUCAACUGCAAAGGUGGCGGUCGGAUCACCACGGCCAUCAUCAGCCUCCCCACGCCUCCGGCUUUGACCCCCGAUGGUGACGGUCUCCAUGGUCCCCCACAAAGGAGACCGCCCCCAGCCCCGGGCCUCCCUGCAACACCCAGCAUCCAGACCACAGCAAGCUCGGCUGGGAUGAACAUCGUCAAAGUGUCUGCUCUGUGACUUCCUGUGUGACGGAUGUAACUCAGCUCAGCAGGAGAAGAAAAAGAAAAAGAAGAGGUCGUACUAUGUUCAAGGCAGCACCCGGUCCCGUCUCACAGGGUCCACAGGAGGAGAGCUGAUCCCCUGAAGAGUCACCAGAGGGUGUUUGAGAGAAGACAGAUGAGAUGAGGGCUGUAGAUAUGUGAACAAGGAUCACACUCGUCAUGUCGUGUUCGCACUGUAGAUAUGGACAGAAUCACUGCAUCUCUAAUAGUUAAUAACAGCAGAGUUACAGUCAGUACAGGGGAGGAGAGUCAAAGACUUUGUGCUUUAGCAUACACCGUCCAAACAACACUAAAAAACAGAAAAAUGUAAAGAGAAUUCAGAGUGAAG